AUGGGUUUUUCUGGUGUCUCGGGACUGUGCGUCUUGUUUGUUUUGCUGCCCCGGAUCCUGAGCUUGGACUGCCAGGGGCUGCAGUUACAGAAAAGGUUGAACAAGGAUGCUCUAACGAUCUUGAACGCAAUGGCUCAGGAAAGGAUCCAGAUUGUCCACCAAGCCUUGCGUCACAUCAGCAAGAUCUACAGCAAGAACCUGGGAUCAGUCACCUGGGCCCGGGAGCAGGUUGAAAACUUCCGCCUUCUCCUGGAUCGACAGCUCCAGGAGUUGGAAACGUGUGUGAGGAAACCAGGAGCAGGCUCCAGGCAGAAGAGAAACUCCAUCAUUCUCAAAUACUUCAGGAAACUGAACAAGUUUCUCAAACAGAGGAGAUUCAGUGACUGCUCCUGGGAAAUAAUCCGCGCUGAGACCAGAGCCCGUUUACAACAGCUGCAGUUCAUAACGGGACAACUAAGCUGA